UCAUUUAGAAUAUUCAUAAUGGAUACCAUGUUAUUUACGUUUAUCAUUCUUUUAUACUUCUCAUUUGUAUCUUCAGAUAAGUACAAUAUUUUGCCACCUAUAUACGAAAUGGAAGAUUACCUAGAGUGUUUCGAGAGAAAUGAUUCUUACUGUAAAGUAGAUGCAAGAUUAACGAACAAUGGAUAUGAAAAUAAUAGUCUGUGGAAGUCGAUUAAUGAUUCCAUCAAAGAUAGAAACAGCUAUGACCGGACUAUUAUUCACAGGGCUAUAUGUCUUCCGAAAAGAGAAGUUAAUUUGAAUUCGACUAAGAAGUUUUCUGAAUUACAUAUAAAUGAGAAAUUUAUCGGAAAUAAUUUAACUGCAUCGGUGGAAAACGUCUUUUGUAUUACAAAAGAUAUUAUUAACAUAUCCUUAUAUGACAAAUUGAUACUAUUUUCUUUCGUAGCAUAUUUACUUUUAAUUUUAUAUGCCACAAUGUAUGAUACAUGGAAGAGGACAAGUACAGUUGAAAGCACUAAGGAUAAAGUUAUUACAGCACUAUCAUUAACUUCGAACUGGAGAAAAGUAUGUAAUACUGAAGGAAAUGAAGAUCAUAUCAAAUUAAAAUCAAUCCAAGGAAUUAGAUUUUACAACAUGUUGUUAGUUAUCAGUUUGCACACACAUCUGAGUUUUUAUAUAGUUUAUAUUUCAAAUCCUCAAGACAUUGAAAUACUAUUCAAUACUUCCAUAAUGCAAACUUUGGCAACUAUGAGUGUUUUUUUUGUGCAAACGUUUUUUAUGAUAUCUUCCUGGAUUGUAACUUUUCAAAUAUAUAACAUUUAUAAAAGUCAUGGAAAAUUCACCAUUAAUCAGGCCCUUAUCCUCAUCUUUAAUAGAUUCUUUAGAAUUGGUGUAUGUUCGACUGCAAUGCUUAUUUUCCUAAAAUCUACUUGGAAUAAUUUAGCUAGGGGGCCUAUUAAUUUUGAUGGCAUUGAAAUGAUUCAAAAAGCAUGUAAACUUAACUGGUGGCAAUCUUUUUUUCUGAUAAACAAUUAUUUACAUAUUGGAGAAAUAUGUCAUCCUAUUUCGUGGUAUUUGUCUGUGGAUUUUCAACUGUAUAUUAUGACAACAAUCACCAUCUAUUUAAUUCUGAAAUUUAAACUCAACGAGUUUAAAAUUAUCAGCUUCCUAAUAUUUUUUUCCUGUUUACUAUACGGAUCAAUUAUAUAUAUUAAAGGAAUGGAUAUAAUUUAUAGGAUUAAUCCUAAUGUCACAAGGAUGUUUUUAUUUAUACGAUCAGAAUCAUGUAGGGUAUUAUACCUUUCAACAUAUUCCAACUGGACUACAAGCUUAGUAGGCAUGUCACUAGGAAUUGCAUAUAUGAAAUCCAAGAAUAACAGUGUGAAAAAUCAGAAGGUUAUAUCUAUUUUGUGGUUUUUAAUAUUUUUUGGCCUGCCUUCUGCAGUGAUAUUUUUUGCAAGACAUGAAUUCAGAGGGAUUCGAGCAGCAAUAUUGGGUGCUUUGGUUAAACCCCUGUUUUCUUUAGGCAUUGGAAUAGGCAUUUUAGGAAUGUCACACAAUAUGGGAGGUAUUAUCAAGCAUAUAUGUGAAAAUAAAUAUGCUGUCCUGAUGAGUAAUUUCUCAUUCUGCACUUACGUUUUUCAGAUUUAUGUUAUAUUCUCUAAAGGCAUUAAAAGUUAUUCGUUGAUGCAGUUUACACUUAUUAAUACGAUAAAAUACAAUUUGUUUUUUGAUGCACCACUGGCUAUAAUAGUUGGAAUUAUUAGCAAGUUGGUGUUUGAACAACCAGGAAUUAAUUUACAAAAAUUAUUCCUGCCACAAAUAGCAAGUAAGAAAGAACAACUGAAAAGGGAGUAGUGAAAUGAUUUUUUUUUGUUACAAAUUAAUUAAUCCUGACUUCUGUUCAUUUUUGUUACGUGAAUUAAAUAA